CGGGCGAGGUAGGCUGUUGUUUUAAGUUGUAGACUGUUACCAUACAAUUACUCUUUCUACACUCAAUUUACAUAAUGAUGCUGUGUAUAUGGAAUCAGUUUAUCGUUUCCUUGCUUGUGUGUUGCAGAACUCUGAUGGGAAACUAUUUGACCAGCCCUUACAGUUUAACUGCCCUUCAAGACAAUCCAUCUCCCACAUAAAAAGUCAGCAUGUCAACUACUAUGAAGACCGUGUGUGGGACUUUGAGUGUAAAGACACAUUUGUCUCAGAGCCUGAGUGCCUCUGGUCUCCUUACGUAAAUGACUUUGAUCAAGAGUUCAGCUUCAAAUGCCCCCAAACCUAUGUCCUAACUGGGAUGAACAGCUAUCAUUACAACUACUAUGAGGACAGAAGGUGGAAGUUCUACUGCUGUCGAGUCAACAGCUACCGCAACCAGGACUGUCAGUGGACCCCCUACAUCAACUACUUUGAUGAGGUCAUCUCUUGGCAAGUCCCAGGCCUGAACUACCUAGUUGGGGCCGGAAGCUACCAUUCAAAUUAUUAUGAAGACCGUCGUUGGAGAUACCAGUACUGCACACGGAAGUCAAACUGCUGAUUAUUGAAUUCUUGACCCAAAUGACGAGUAAAGAUUGCCUAACU